GUCACGAUCCUUAUCCUCUCUUCCACUUUGUUUGUCUUUUUCCUCCAUCUCUCCCACUUAUCUAUCAAUCAAUCAAUCAACCUCUUCACCAUCAUACAUAACCACCCUCCCUCUCUCUCUCUCUCUCUUUCUGUUCCCUAAUUUCUGAAAAGGGUUUCUAGCCAAUUGCUUGUUGAAUGGACUGUGGCCUCUCCUACACUAAAAUUUCUCUUCACCAAUCUUUACCUCUUACGGUGAAGCCUUGCCUAUCAUCAUCAACUUGUUUUGCUUUCAACAAUUCCUCCUUCGGCACUUCUGUUGGUUGUAGGAGAUCCUUGUUUGUAGUGGCUAGUGGUAGUAGUAGUAGUAAGUGUGAAUUUAGUGGCUUGAACGCGCCGUUAGAACCAGCAACGCCGGCUGGGAGGUUGUUGAGCACUGUGCUUCUGAAUGAUCGUAAGUAUUUCCACGUUGCUGUUCAGAAACAGUUGGAGAAGUUGGCUUAUGAACGGGAUGAAGCUGUGGCUCGGAUGAAUCUGAGCUUGGGCUCUGAUGAAGCUUUUCUGCACAGGAGGAUUGCUGAAGUAAAAGAGCUGGAGUGUCAAGCUUCUGUUGAAGACAUUAUGUACAUGCUAAUAUCUUACAAGUUUUCUGGAAUCAGAGUGCACUUGAUUCCCAGGCUUUCGAAAUGCAUGUAUAAUGGCAGGCUUGAGAUAUGGCCUUGCAAGGACUGGGAACUCGAGUCUAUCCAUAGCUGCGAAGUACUGGAAAUGGUUAGGGAACAUCUUACUACUGUUCUAGGAUGGAAAGAGAAGUCAAAUGUGGCAGACAAUUGGACCCCUACUGAAGUACAAAAGUUCAAGCUCUGUCAAGUAUAUGCUGCUUCUGUUUUAUACGGAUAUUUUUUGAAGUCGGCUUCCUUGAGGCACCAUUUGGAGAAGAAACUUGAUCAUAUCAACCCUUACCUUGAUAUUGCUAGUUAUAACCAACUCUUACUUUCAGAAAUUCGGUCCUUAGGAUCAGAGAUUGUUCCCUUUGGUUGCAUCGGUGGGACACGAUCUACAUCAGUGGGUCAAAUACCACUUCUCCGUGAAAAAAAGCAAGACAAACUGAAGUAUUAUGUGAUGAGUUUUGACCCAGAAACAUUGCAGAUGUGGGCAAAACCAAAGUCCAAGGAGGCCCUGAAUCUGAUUGAGAAGCAUAGCUAUGCACUCUUCGGUGAUAAAAAGACAGGUUUGGUGGCGAGUGAUGAAGUAAUUUUGACAUCAUUGGCAAGUUUGAAGAGAAUUGUCUUGGAGGCUAUUGCUUUUGGUUCUUUCCUUUGGGAUGCAGAAGAAUACGUUAGGAUUGUGUAUAAGCUCAAAGAGAACUAACUUAGCAGUGGCAUGAUAUGUUUUCUAUUGAUGUUGUCAUAUAUAUGUACAUAUACUGUAUAGAAGCUUUCUGGUAUCUGAUACCAAAGGAUUUGUUCUCUGGUAGGCGAUGUUAGAGGAUAUGCUUUGUAAAUUUGAGUUGUAUAGAACGUCAUCCAUAUUAUGUGAAUAAAUCAUGUAUGGUGUAAAGCAGUUUCAUGAUUUCGUCAA